CGACAGCUUCGCUUCGGUAGAGAGGCUUUGCCAGCUCCGUUAAUCGGCGAAAUGGCAGCCGUUAAACCCCAGGAAAAAGUAGUGGACGCUGUUCACCAAAAUGCUAUUCGGGUCGAGACGAUACGGAAGGAACUACGGUGUCAGAAACUGUACACGGAGUUUCGUAUCAAUCCCUACACAAAGUUCCAUCCAUUAACUGACAAGCCCAUGGGACGGAAAACCGACAACGAUGAAGAGGGGGACCGUGCUUUUCUGGAAGUAAUCCAUAGAGGUCAAAUGGAACCAAGAAAGAAGUACACCCAGCCAAUGACUGAGAGCCAGGAGAUUGGCUGGAUAUCAACACCCUUGAUCAUUUCAGAUCGUAGCGACCGAAGACUCAACUUCCCUCGUCAACAGUCCGAAAUCACCAAGUUCAUGGAUGCAGCAUGGCGGUUACAGGAGCAGACACGAAACCUAGGGUAGAGUUUUAUUGUCCGAAAUCAUACAAUUCAUAGCUGGACAAUACAAAUGGUAUAAAUAAACUGUUGACAUUCAUGAA